GGGAAACUAUAUUAAGAGCAAGGGGCUUGCAGGGCCCAAAUCUGCAAUAUAUUAACCUGGAGUUUUGCCAACAACCACUCACAGACGCUCAAUUACGAAUUUCCACGGCCAUGCGUCUGCUUUCAGCCGUCCCAGACUCAGUGCCGGCAGCAAGCAAACCGGAUAAAGCAAGGGGAUUGUUUAUAAAUUGGCUCACAAAAUCCCCCGACCCCCUCGAGUAUGGCCUGCUGCGUCGGCUAGGCCACCCGUACGUGGUCCACUCAUCGACUGUUUCCCUUGACUCCAAUCCUCAGGUUUCUUCAGACAAUGGGCCCUCUCCACUUCGCCGUAGUGGCGCUCACCCUUGGGAGUAUUGGUCUCGGCAGCCCGGUGCCCCAGGGUGAACCGCCCGCUCCCGCAAAGUAUUGCGAUGCCUCGACGACGAUAUGCUACUCCGAGUACGUGAGUCCGGAGCAGAUCGCCAUCCGCAUCGCCAUUCCCGACAACGCAACGGUAGGGAACUUUGAUGUGCUACUGCAGAUCCAGGCUCCCAAGACCGUAGGCUGGGCAGGUGUUGCUUGGGCGGGCGUCAUGGUCAACAACCCCUUGACAGUGGCAUGGGCCAAUGGAGACAAGACCGUCGUGUCGAGCCGGAGCGCGAGCUCCCGCACGUAUCCCACUCCUUACACCGGUGCCACCUACACCACUCUCUCCGGCUCGACGGCCAACAGCACGCACUGGACACUGAGCGUCCUUGCCCAGGGCGUCAGCGCAUGGGGCAGCACAAAGCUCAACCCCGCCGGCAACGUGACGCUCGCCUACGCGCAGUCGGCCGCUCCGCCGACGCAGCCGGCGAACAAUGCCAGCCGCUUCAGCAUUCACAACUCGCACCAGCGCUUCUCGGUCAACCUGAAGGCUGCCCAGAUUGCCAACUUUGCCGAGCUGGUCCGGAAGGCAACGGUCUAAUAAGGUACCUACAUACCUGUAAUAAGCGGUCAGAUAGGAGAUAAGUUUAGCAUGAUGGGGGAUGAUCGAAAAGGGGGGAACGGAGCUAAGGGACAACAUGAAACACAGAAGUCGAGAUAAGAUAACCUAUUUUUGGAAAGGCACUACGAGCCAGGGUUGUUAGGCAUGGCGUCCGUCCCAGCCGGUUCUGUGAACGUACAUACAUGUACCUACUAGUAGUACGUGCGCUGCCCAAGUGCAAUGGGGACUCUACGAUACAUGCCGCCAGCAUAACAGGCUUACUGCAUCAAUACUAGUUUCUUCUCCGUUUUCCUCUCAGCUCUAACUACGCUGUGUUUAAGCUUCGUAUCCCGCCCACGGCGUUCCAU